UAUUAUUCCAUUCCUUACACUAUGUUUAACUGCCUUUAUGAUUUUUCUUACGACUCUUCAAUCGAUACUUAAUUUGUUUAUCAAAAGUGAUAAAGUCGAAGAUGAAAAGGGAAGCAGUGAAGAGAAAAAAGAUGAAACGGAAAGUAAAGAAGAGGGAAAAGAUGGAAAGAAAAGCGAUAAUAUUGAAGAGGGAAGUAAUGAUAAUGACAAAGUGUAA